CACACCGGGGCUGAGGAGUGGGUGACGAAGAGCAAUCACCACCAGGAAAAAACACCAGGAGCGAUAAAAUGCACGGACUACAGGGGUGCAUUUGACUGUCAGUUAGGCGUUUUGGUGUUUUGUGGAUUUGGUGCUGGCGAGGUCUUUUGGAGAACACUAGCUGAACACAAUGAAGGUCCUCUGUCAGGCCGAGGUUUCUGGUUUUUAGCCAGUUGGCUGCAAUUCCAGGGAUGGCUAGCUGAGCUAACCUAGCUAGCUAACAAUUAGCCUGCCCAUUUAGCUACACUGGUCACUGGGUGCCUCGGUCUGCAACAGGAUAACGGCUCCGAGCGCUAUUGUGAGGCGAUAUUUCCAGACCAACGGCUACAACGAUUACCGUCCGUCGAGUUGUCGAGACAGCGGGUUGGCCUGUGUGUGUGUUCAGUAGAUGGACAGUUUGACGGGCGCUCAUUGUCACUGCGCGGGCGUACAGUGUUCGUUUCGGGGCGGCUAGCCUUGUACUCGGCCGGGCGACCAGCAGAGGGAUUGUACAAAUGUGGCAGCCAGCGGUGUCCCACUGUCUCUGGGACCCAACUCGGUAGCUUGAAGUAAAAAUUAGAUUUUUUAAACGAGUGUUAACCAACUAACUAGUGUUGGCACAUUGAAAAUCACCAACUUGUCAACGUUAGCUUGGUUAUAACGUUAGCAGCGUUUAGCUUACAAGCUAGUUAACGUCACCCAAACUAGUUUCAGCUCUUUCUGGACGGUGCAUCAAAUAAAAUGGUUAUUCACAUGUACGCUAGUGGUGGAAGGUGUUUGGGGACAUGUUGCAUUGUAAAUUUUCUGUGAUCCGCGGUCAGUCUUUGUAGCCUGAGGAUUUACACGAGACUUUGACUAAGCUGUCAGAUAUUUGACACUUGACAGCAGUUUUACCACCGACAAGGAAGGCCAGACUCUGCAGCCAGCAACAGCCUCUCAGGCUCCAUUAUCAGGAUAUAACUUGUUGCAGACGGACUGUUGCUCAUUUAUUUGAUACUUUGUGUGAGGUGUAGCCCGGCGCCCCUUGUCAGACGGGCUUUUCAGCUCAUGCGGUGAUGACUUUAGACUCCAUGAUGGCUUGUUGCCUGAGUGAAGAGGCGAAGGAGUCCAAGCGGAUCAACGCUGAGAUCGAGAAACAACUCCGGCGAGACAAGAGGGAUGCAAGACGGGAGCUGAAGCUGCUUCUGCUGGGUACUGGAGAGAGCGGCAAGAGCACCUUCAUCAAGCAGAUGAGAAUAAUCCAUGGGUCAGGCUACACAGAUGAGGACAAGAAGGGCUUCACCAAACUGGUCUACCAGAACAUUUUCACCUCAAUGCAGGCCAUGAUUCGAGCAACUGAGACCCUCAAGAUCCCGUACAAGUACGAACAGAACAAGAAUAAUGCCCAGGUGGUGCGUGAGGUGGACGUGGAGAAGGUUUCAUCAUUCGAGCAGCCGUACAUCAGUGCAAUAAAGAUGCUGUGGGCUGACCCUGGCAUCCAGGAGGCCUAUGAUCGCAGGAGAGAGUACCAGCUCUCUGACUCAACCAAAUAUUACCUUAAUGAUUUAGAACGAAUAGCAACAGCGGGGUACGUGCCCACUCAGCAGGACGUGCUGCGGGUUCGAGUGCCCACCACCGGCAUCAUUGAGUACCCAUUUGACCUGGAGAAUAUUAUCUUCAGCUAUCUAAGCGAUCUGGAUCGUAUUGCUGAACCGUCCUAUCUACCAACCCAACAGGAUGUGCUUAGGGUUCGAAUCCCAACCACUGGGAUCAUAGAAUACCCUUUCGACUUGCAAAGCAUCAUUUUCAGGAUGGUGGAUGUGGGCGGUCAGAGGUCAGAGAGGAGGAAGUGGAUCCACUGCUUUGAGAACGUCACCUCCAUCAUGUUCCUGGUGGCGCUCAGCGAGUACGACCAGGUCCUUGUGGAGUCCGACAACGAGAAUCGUAUGGAGGAGAGUAAAGCUCUGUUCAGGACCAUCAUCACAUAUCCAUGGUUCCAAAACUCCUCCGUCAUCCUCUUCCUCAACAAGAAGGACCUGCUGGAGGAGAAGAUCAUGUAUUCUCACCUGGUCGACUACUUCCCAGAGUUUGAUGGGCCCCAGCGGGACGCCCAAGCGGGCCGCGAGUUCAUCUUGAAGAUGUUUGUGGACUUGAACCCAGACAGUGACAAGAUCAUCUACUCCCAUUUCACAUGCGCCACCGACACGGAGAACAUCCGCUUCGUCUUUGCCGCCGUCAAAGACACCAUCCUGCAGCUCAACCUCAAAGAAUACAACCUGGUGUGAGAAGAGAAAUGGAAACAGAGAGAAAGAGGGAGCGAGAGAGAGACCUGCAGCCCCCCUACACACUCAGACACACACAUACAAACACACCCACACACACAUACUCACAAUGCAGAGUCCACUUCUAGAAACACACACGUGCAUGAAACACGCUGCUGCUCGAAGAGUUUAGCAUUGCUUCAUACUUUACCAGACCAACACUAUCCACGUCCUGUCCCCCCCUCUCCACUCAGCUCUUUGGUUGUUUUAAAACAAUGGUUAUCUGUUUCGCGGCUCUAAUAAUUGCUCCUCGUGUACACACACAAAUAUAACAAUCCCUCCAUUCGUCCCCCUCUCUUGGGUUUUACGGUCUGCUCUGAGGCUCCUCUCAGCCCCUCGGCGCGGCUCACAUUUUUUUUCUUUCUUUACACUACAUUAUCACCAGUGCUUGUGUGUUGGAGGUGGGUAGAGGGCCUUCUCUGGGUAGACUAAGCUUUGAUGGACAAAGGGCUCUCUCCCCUUCUUCUUAUUUAACCCAUGCAUGCUACACACUACAGCACGAGGGCACACAGCCAGGCUGCAGACCCUGGACUCUGCUCCUCUGCAAAGGGUAACUAAUUAUGAUGAUAGGAAUAUAUUAUCAGGCAGUGCUGGGGUGCAGUGAGGUUCUUGGUUCCCCCUGGGUCUUGAAUUGUGUAUUUGAUAUUUUUUUUUUUUUUUUUGUCAACCCGGCCCCAAAUCAGAGCGCAGAGGCUCUGUUGAAUGUAAAUAAAGUUUUCAUGCUGCUCACACAGAGUGAGGGCUACACAGAGACGACUCUCUGCAGACUUUAAAUAUUCUCAGCUAUGUUAACUUCUUGGUUUUAUUCUUAUUACUGCUAUUGUUCUACAAUUAAAAUUGAAGAUGACUACUUAAAGGAACACUCCUUUUACACUGCCCCUCAUUUUAAAGUGUUAACAUACGUUACGAAACAGAAUUAAGAGACAACACUAGCGGUAUUUACAUACUGUAUAUCAGCUCCCCAUUGCCAAAUUAAAACCACCUACGUUUGUUUCUGUAAAUAUAAUUACGUUGCCAGUAUCCUGCUCAUCCCUUAAGUGGUUCAGAUACUAACAAAACAUGUUUGGAAAUUGCCAAAAUUAAGUGCUUAAUUAAUUAAGUGGAUCAUUUAGAUGUUGAUGGCGUAAUGACUCACUUUGUGUGGCAUUUUUUUAUGUCGACUAUCGUCUAAAUCACACAUGUAUUAUUAGUACUGUGAUUUAUUUGUUCCCAUCAAUGGUGAGAAUAAUCUUCCUGUGCAGACAUGAUGAUACCAGAUUAGUACGGUGCAAUAGUCAGUUGUAGAUGAAACAGAUGAACAGUUUUUGCGCUGCCAGUUAGCUCAACAAGUCACAAGUUGGUCUCGAUCACCCAUAUGGCUUCUCUCCGUAAUCAACUCUUGUUUUGCCAUAUUACACAGCCGACAUUUGAUAAACUGUAACCGAUAGCGAGAGUUAAGAGUUCUUUUUUGUAUGUCUAAUUUAUCAAUCAGAUCUAUGUGUUGUUGAUACAGUAAAUGAGACUUCCUCCCUAGUUUCAGCUCACAGUUUUUCCAACCAAGGAGACGGGAGGAGAUUUUAUACUGCUGUAAAAUAUCAAAACUAUUUUAUGGACAAGUGUUCUAUCUUUCUAAUGAUACUUCAUAUAUUUAGUUGUUGCAGUUCUGUUUUGAAACGCUUGACAAUGGGAAAAAAAAACACUGUUUCCAUGUCGGGUUUGUGCUUUAUGCAAAUAGGAAAAUGAAAACAGACAAAAAACUUAGUGGUUGAAUAUUUACUGUUCAAGGAUGCUUGCUUUUUUUUUUUUUUUGGUAAUUUUUGAGGAUAUGUGUUGGCUAUUGGUACCAAUCCCAUAUCGUGUCUCUUGCCUGAUAGUUGUUUAAAUAUUCCAUAAAGCUGAACGUUGAUAGAUGGCUAUUUUUGUCUUCACAAUGUAAUUCAGGUAAGUUUUCAUAACUUUUUCAUCACAAGGGCUACUACUUGCAGCUUUGGUAGAAAUGAAAGGACUCUAUGGACGGCAUAGAGCAAAAGGUGCAAUUAAUUAACAAGUGUGGAGGCGGAGGGGAGGGGGGUAUGAAUCAGGAGUGUGUUGACAUCCUGUUGAGGGUGAUGGCCGCAGGUUCAGUGAGGGAGGAAUGCAGCAGUCCACAGAUGCCUACACGACAUUCCCGAGGGAAGUCUGGUGGCUGUUUGGCUCUUUGUUCAUUAUCUUUUUGCCUUUUGGAGGAGGAGAAUGGCUAACGUCAAAAGAAGUUCCCAAGGUGCAGUAGCACACAUUUAGUGUCCUGGCUGUCGCUAAUCUAACCAUCCUCUUACUCUUAUGGAUUAUUUGCUGAUCUUCUUGGCUUUGUGAUAUUUCCCACUAUGUGGUUUUUGCAUAUUUGGCUUACCUUCUCAUUGGUAGUGUUUCCAUGUUUGGCAUUGGCUGUGUUGGAGUCAGGAAAAAGAGGAGUGCUUGGGACAGUUUGACCUUUUUAUGGGUCAGAUUACACAUCAAAGAAAUUAUUAGAGGUCCUGUCGAAGUCUUUCUGUGUAUCUUUAAUUGUUUGCCAGAAAGUUUCCAGUUAAAAAAAAUCUUAUUUUCUAUAGAAAAGCAGUACAAUGUGCUGAGUUUAAGGGGAAUCCACUCACCCUGUGUAUUCUUAGCCUUGAUUUCAGUCACAUGCACCCAGUGAGAGUCUUUCUGUACGUCGUGUUGAUAAAGCCAUUAUCUUGUACAUUAAGCCUUUGUGCAUCCUGAGACACUUAAAGAAGGGAUAUGUAUAUUUAUGCUAAGUGCCAUAAUUUUCUGUAGAGAUGUUGCAAAGCUCUGAAGUUAUUUCGGCUGAGAUCUUGUUUUUUCCAGCGUCUAUUUCUUGUGGAUUAAUCUUUGGUGCUUCUGCCAACAUUUAAAGGCCUUUUCUUGACCACUUUAUCCCGUAUACACGGUGAUGCUUUUCACACUCGCUUGCUUAUAGACGUUGAUUUUGCGAGUGUCACAAUUCAGCACGUUCUUCAGUUUGAAAUUAAGAGCUUAUGUAUUUUUGAAUCGACUAGUUGAGACUUUUCCUGAGCUUGGAGAGUAGUGUUGUGCUCUGCUUUGCUGCUGGGAUAACAGUGACGUCUUUGUGUGCUUUUAAAAAUCCUCAGCUUGGCUUUCAGGAAGUACGCUCCAUUCCCCUGAUCUGUGGCUCCCCACCUGAACAACAGGUGUGUGGGGGUCUUAUACACCGAUCAGCCAAAAGAUUAAAACCACUGGCUGGUGCAGUGUUUUUCUGAGGAACCUUGGGUUCUGGCAUUCAUGUAGAUGCACCCACCCAAACACCAUUACAUACCAGUAUACCCUCUCAUAACAACAGCACUCUUUGAUGGCAGUGCACCCUCCCAGCAAGACAAUGCACCAUGCCACACCACAAAAAGUGCUUAGGAAUGGCUUGGCAGAUGUGACUAAGCUCAAGACAUCAACCUGGCCUUCAAAUUCCCCAGAUCCCAAUCCGAUUGAACAUCCAUUGGGCAUGCUGGUACCUUACCUCGCAACCCACAGGACUCAAAGAGUCGAACGACAAGGCCUUGGUGCCAGACAACACAGGACACCCCCAGAGGUCCUGUCUCCAUGCCUCGACAGGUCAGAGGCUUCAGCAUAGGUUGGACUUGGCUCUGACUCAUUUAGGCCUGAACAAAGGACCUCCGGGGCACCGGUUUGUCCUACAGAUGCUUGAUCAGAUUGGGAUCUGGGGAAUUUGCCUGAAGCUCUUUGCCAUGUUCCUUAGGCCAAUUCCUGAGCAGUUUUCGCAGUGUGGCAUGGUGCACUGCCUUGCUGGGGGGCUACUGUCACUGGGGGUACUGAUGGAAUCAGUGGGGGUACUUUGUCUAUAACAAUGUUUUGUUGAGUGGAGUGCGUAAAAGGUCAUCCGCGUGAAUGCGAGGACCAAAGGUUUCCCUGCACAACAUUGCAUUAUAAUGAAACGAUCGAUGUCAUUCACUUCACCUGUCAGUGGUUUUAAUGUUUUGGCUCAUUGGUGUACACUAGGCAAAUUAACUUGACUGUGAUAAACAAAAGAAGGUGACCACUACAGGGACCAGUGUUGGCAUGACGUACACUUUAAACACUUACGUUGGAUCAGCUUUCACUAUACGAGCUCCUCAUGCCUUGCGUGGCUAGUCCCAACACAGACCAAGUCACAUGGUUACACUACCAGUGAUCAGAGCCAGCAGCAGGGCCGGGUCGUUUCUUUAAAGCCCUUUCCAUUGACUUGUACUGUAUUUGCUUUAUUCUGCGUAGAAUGCAUUGUGGAGAAGGUUUGUACGACAAUCCAGUACAAAACACUGUGCCAAACAAAAUCAGAUCAGCCACAGAAAAGAUACGAAAAUUCCCAAUUUGUCGUCACCUGAUCCAGAGCUCUGUGGUGUUGUUCAUCCACUUUAACAUGACGGUGUCUUUAUUUCCGAAUGAAGCUUGUGUUUGAAGCCUCAGUAUUAAUGUAUUUAUUAAAAGACUUGCCAAGUGAAGGUACUAAAACAGUCAUUAUAAUAUUUUGGUGUCUCCAAUCGCGAGUGAGUGAAUGCUGUGAGUUUACAUGUCCGCCAUUCUCCACUCUCUUCUCCCGUACUUGAUUGGACUGCGUAUUCUUUCCCUGGGUCGAAGGCACUGAAACUGCACCACUGCAAUGGGCCUGCAUUCAUGCAACUUAGAUGUCCGUUCAAGCGUGCUCGUUGGUACUCUGAGGUGUGUGCGUAUGCGUGUGUGUAUGUAUGUGUACACUUUUUGACGGCUUAUUGCUUAUGCUUGAGAUCCAUUCUGAUUAGAGGGAUGGACACACAGUGAUAUUAAAAAGCUAUCUUUGCAUCUUUUAUUUUGUUUCUUUUGUAAGGUUUGACACACCUUAACACAUGUAUUUAGGACCACUUAAGAUGACAGACUUUUUUAAAACAGUUAAAAUAAACUUUGUGUAGUGGUGUACAAAUUGAAAGUAAUGUAUUUUUGUUUUGAUUUUUUUUUCUUCUUUUUUUAAGUAUACCAAAUGUAAAUUAUGUACAAUGAGUGUGCCAAUCCCCUUUCUUUGUAAAGCCAGACUCUUAACAAGUGCCAAUGUUGUGAAAAAUCAGAGGGCCUGUGAAUUUCAUGGUCCAGUUUUUAAAACAAAUAAACACUUAAGUAUGUGAUUAAUUAACUAAAAAAAAGGACAAUUUUAUUCUAUAUUUAAGAUUAAUGAUGAACUGCUGUUUUUAAGAUAAAUGUCAUUUUAAUUGCAUGUGUUUGUCAGGUUGGGGAGGGAGUGGGUGGGUGAGAUACUGUAUUCAUGCAACGCCCUCAUGAAAAGGGUCCUAAUGGUUAUUGAUUUACAGUAUUUUAGCCAUAUUUCUCUUUUGUAUGUUUCAUUUCAACCACUGUUGCCUGAACCUCAUUCAAACAUGAAAUGAUUUUCAUAGCCUUCUCCUUUAAAUGUUUUAAAUUGGAAUAAAAUAUGUUCCUAUACUCUC